AUGUCCGUGACCGACACCACUCUAAAAGCCAAAUAUCCUGCCAAAGCCCAUUGCCGGCGGGUAGCCAAAUACCUGACGGACGCUGGCCUGUCCCGCGAUGGAGUCAUCUACCUGGAAGCGCAAAAGACGCACAUGGUGGAGGACGACGAUCAAGCCAUGCCCUUCCGGCAACGACGAUACUUCUUCUACCUCUCCGGCUGCAAACUUCCCGACGCAUAUCUCACCUACAACAUCCCGCAAGACAUCCUGACGCUGUUCAUCCCACCCGUUGACCCGGACAGUGUCAUCUGGGCCGGGCUCCCGGAGUCAAAAGAGGAGGCAUUACAGAAAUACGACGUGGAUCAGGUGUUGUACAGCAACGAGGUCAACGCUGCGCUGGCAGCGUACGGCCCAUCACAGUCGACCACGGUCUACGCGAUCCCAGAACAGGUCUCCGAGCACAUCACAUUCCUGCCUUUUGCGGACACUGAGUUCUCAUCCCUGAGGACGGCUAUCGACGAAUGUCGUGUGGUCAAGGACAGCUACGAAGUCGCCCUGAUCCGGAAGGCCAACGAGAUCUCCACACUCGCACAUAUUGAAGCGGCCAAAGUUGUGCGGACUGCCACUAAUGAGCAGGAGCUGUACGGCGCCUUUGUUGGAACCUGUAUAUCCAAUGGCGCACAUGAGCAAGCAUAUCACUCCAUCUGCGCCAGCGGCACGAGCUGCUCGACCCUACACUAUAUCCGGAAUGACCAGCCCUUGCGAGAACGGCUCAACAUACUCCUCGACGCCGGCGCCGAGUAUGAAUGCUACUGCGCCGACAUCACACGCACAUUCCCCAUCUCCGGCACUUUCAACCCCGAAUCGCAGACAAUCUAUGCCAUUGUCGACGAGAUGCAGUUGUCCUGCUUCAAACUCCUUCGCGCCAACGUACGGUGGGAGGACGUUCACGAGCAUGCCCACUGGGUGGCCAUUCGCGGCCUCAAGAAAGCCGGCAUUCUCGUGGGCGACGAGCAAGAGAUCUUUGACAAAAGAGUCAGUGUCGCCUUCUUCCCGCAUGGCCUGGGUCAUUACUUGGGAAUGGACACACACGACACCGGCGGCCAUGCCAAGUACGAUGACCCAGAUACCAUGUUCAAGUACCUGCGAGUCCGAGGGAACGUGCCGGCGGGCGCGGUCAUUACGGUCGAGCCGGGCAUCUAUUUCUGCAACUUCAUCCUUGAUCCAGUCCUCGAGGAUCCGGAAUUGAGCAAGUAUAUUGACAAGGCCGUGCUAGAUCGAUAUUGGGCUGUGGGCGGGGUGAGGAUCGAGGACGACGUGCAUAUCACCCCGGAUGGAUACGAGAACUUGACGGAUACUCCGAAACUAUAA